AUGGCAGUUUGCAACAAAAUUGUAUCAGGAAAAGAAUUUGGUGAAAUUGAUAAUGAGGCACAUAAUGAUAGAGCAUAUAAUAUCAAUUAUGAUCAAAAACCAUCCAAUAGUGGAUGUGUCCCUAAGAAUGAUGCAGUUGUAUAUCAAGACAAGUCAGCAACUAUUUUAUAUGAACAAUCUUACAGCCCAAAAGAAUACACUCUGUCACACUAUUUAGGUGACUUUUCUAAGCUUGCACAUAAUAGCGUUGAUUAUUUAAAUUAUCACUUUACACAAUAUGAAUAUAAUGUUUCGGUGUAUGUUACAGAUAUUAUUUGUAUUAAAACAUAUAGAAUAUAUGAAGUAUUAAGUUUUAGAAUACCAAUAUCUUAUUCUGAAAGAUGGAAUUUGUUUCAUAUUGCAAAAUUCGGUGCUCUUUUGGAGUUUAUUUCAUUUUUAAGAAAUACUGUGCUUAUCAGAAAUUUUUUGAUAUUGUGGGAAUUAUAUGGAAAACUAGCUGACAGAUUGGGUGGUUCCUCACUUUUGGGAUGUGUUGUUUUUGCGAGUAUAACAGUUGAUUUUACAAAACAAUUGACAAGCUUACAAAUUCCUUUGGUUGAACAAGUAGCCCCUGGAACUACGUCGUUUGCUCCAGCUGCUCAAUCAUCACCAGCUAAUCCAGCGAAGACCCAAGCUCCAAAAGAAUUGAAAUCUUAUACAUAA